AUGAACACUUUGAGGAAGAUAACAUCUACAAUCCCAAAAAGGUUAGUUUUUUUUAUAAUCUGAUUAUAAAAAUAACACUAGUUCACAAAGUUAUUUCAGGCAUUACACAUUAGGUCCACGAUUGCCAACAAAAUUAUUGAAUCCAAAAUUAGGUGCCGCUGAAAUCAAAUACGUGAGUGCCGAUGAAGCGCUCUCAGUUGUCGAAUCAAACAAUGAUAUUUAUGUGCAAAAUCACGCGGGAGCUCCAAAUGUUCUUCUCGAUGCAUUAUGUCGCCGAGUAGAUUCAGCAAAUCUCAACGAUAUUCGAAUGUCUCAUUUGAUUCUCAGUGGUCGAUGUGCUCAAUUCGAUCCAAAAUAUCAUAAUAAAAUUCGAAGUAACAGUUUAUUCACAUGCGGUGGAAAUCGAAAAAAUGUAAAUAGUGGAUUUGGUGAUUAUACGCCUAUUUUCCUUUCUGAAACUCCGGCUUUAUAUAAUUCUGGUGCUUUGAAUGUUGAUGUGGCUUUGAUAACUGUUUCUCCACCUGGUGAGUAUUUUUGUUCUUGAAAAUUGAAAGAUGAGCGGCCUAUUUUCAGAUGAGAGAGGAUUCUGUACACUUGGAGUAGAUGUUGAUUGUUCGCUCGCUGCUGCUUCAAAUGCCAAGAAAAUCAUCGGUUAGUUCAAAAUUUUCACUUAAAUUUCAAAAAGUAGCCUAUUUUUCUCUUUUCAGCUCUUGUAAAUUCAACAAUGCCUCAAACUUGUGGAUAUUCAACAAUUCAUUCGUCGCAUUUCGAUGCAAUGGUAAAAACAGACGAAUGGAUUGGAUUCCGUGGCGGAGACGAGAAAAUGUCAGAUGUUGAAGUGAAAAUCGGAAAUAUUAUCGCCGAAAAUCUCGUUGAUAAUGAGGCAACACUUCAACUUGGAAUUGGAGCGAUUCCGGAUUCCGCUUUAGCAGCGAUGAGAAAUCACAAGAAUCUUGGAAUUCACACCGAAAUGUUUAGCGAUGGAGUUUUGGAUUUGAUGAAACGAGGAGUGAUUAAUAAUUCGAAGAAGACUUUUAUGACUGGAAGAGUUGUGACGUGUUUUGCAUUUGGAACUAAAGAAUUCUACAAGUAUAUUGAUAAUAAUCCAGAGUUUUGUGAGUUUUUUUCUAAUUCGUGGGAUUUCCAAAAUGGACUUUAUUCAAACAAUACAAUUCUAGAUUCUAAGAAAACCAAAGUUCGUGUUUUGCAUACAAUAAUUUAUAUUUUUGAAAAGUUGUACAAAAUGCAACGUUUCUUAGAAACCAACAUUCCAACAAUUUAUAAAUAAACUGGGACUCCGAAUUCGGAGGGAGGGGCUUAACUUUUGAAAAUUUUAGGGUAUUUUAUGCUUUUUGUGAUAAAAAAUCAGCGAAAAAUGGGUUAAGGGGGUUAACUCGAGAGUCCCGGCGCGACUAGUUCCUCUUUUUAUAAAACUUUCAAUAAAUCUUCGUAUUUUACAGAUUUUGCCCCCUGUGAUUUCACAAAUCACAUCGAUAUUGUCCGCCAAAACAAUCGAAUGACUUCAAUCAACUCGGCUAUCGAAAUUGAUUUGACCGGACAAAUUGUGUCGGAUUCAAUUGGCUCAUCAAUUUUCUCGGGUUUCGGUGGACAAGUCGAUUUUAUGGCUGCAAGUCCACAUGGAUUUGAUGGUCUCGGAAAAGCUAUUAUUGCAUUGCCUUCAAGAACAAAUAAGGGACAAUCGAAAAUUGUUCCGUAUUUAGCAAAGGUUAGUCGUUUUUCGAAUCGGGAGAAUUUAAAAACAAAUCUCAGGGAAGUGGAGUUGUCACAACUCGUGCUCAUGCUCGUUACAUUGUAACCGAAUACGGUAUUGCUAAUCUUUGGGGAAAAUCAAUUCGUCAACGAGCAUAUGAAUUGAUCAAAAUUUCUCAUCCGGAUGAUAGAGAAAAUCUCGAAAAAGCCGCAUUUGAACGAAUGAAAGUUAUGCCAUCUCAAAAAUAG